AUGGGGAGCUCCCAGCCGCCGCCGCCGCCGCCGCUUCUGUUGCUGGCUCUGCUGCUGCUGCAGGCUUCUGAUAGGACUUCCUCUGUUCUCGCGAGCAAUACAGAUGCUUCAACUGCAGGGACAGAGAGCCUGCCUUCCGUAUCUCUGACUUCUCCCUCCAGCUACAGCCCCUCUACUGUUGGGGAAAACCAGACCAGCUUAGAAAACGCAGAGUCAGGCUCCACAGCCCAUCCCAACAGCCCUAGUUCAGAGUCCACAACCUCCCCCAGCCCCUCAGAUUCAGGGACAGCCUCCACCACCCAGCCCACCUCCUCCCAGCCAGAGCCAGACACCCACCGCAGCCCUGGCUCCCCCAGUUCAGAGCACACCGUCGCCUCCCCGUCCAGCGCCCUGAGCUCUAUCUCCGUGGCCACCCUGCCUUGGAGUUCCACUCACCCCAACCCCAGCACGCUGCCUUCCUCUGUGUCCAUGGCCACCACUGACCGGACAUCCGAGACCUCUGGUUAUGCCCCAGGUGACGCUGGGGCCCCCAAGUUGCACCGGAACCCCGGAGUGGUGGUGGCUGUGUGUCUGCUGGUGUCUGUUUUGCUCAUCGGAUGUGUGAUCGCCGCAGUGAGGCGCUGUCACAGCGGGGUGUCCGAGUUCCAGAAGCUGGAUGAGGGACUUGUGAGCCAAAGGUCGUCUUCUGCCCAUCACACACUGCCAUGA